AUGGGGGACUGGAACUUCCUCGGGGGGAUUUUGGAGGAGGUGCAUAUCCAUUCCACUAUGGUGGGCAAGAUCUGGCUCACCAUCCUGUUCAUCUUCCGCAUGCUGGUCCUCGGCGUGGCAGCUGAGGACGUGUGGAACGACGAGCAGGCGGACUUCAUAUGCAACACUGAGCAGCCGGGGUGCAGGAACGUGUGCUAUGACCACGCUUUCCCAAUAUCGCUCAUCCGCUACUGGGUGCUGCAGGUCAUUUUUGUGUCUUCUCCCUCGCUGGUUUACAUGGGCCACGCUCUCUACAGGCUGCGGGCGCUGGAGAAGGCCCGGCAGAAGAAGAAGGCUCUGCUGAGGAAGGAGCUGGAGUGGGUGGAUGUGGAGUUGCCAGAAGCCAGGAAGAGGAUUGAGCGGGAAAUGAAGCAGCUUGAUCAGGGGAAGCUGAACAAAGCUCCGCUAAGAGGCUCUCUGCUGCGCACCUACGUGGCUCACGUUGUCACCCGCUCUGUGGUCGAGGUGGCCUUCAUGACCGGACAGUACCUCCUCUAUGGCUUCCACCUCUACCCGCUCUUCAAGUGUGAGCAGGAUCCUUGUCCCAACGCUGUGGACUGCUAUGUUUCCAGACCCACAGAGAAGACUGUCUUCAUGGUGUUCAUGCAGUGCAUCGCUGCCAUCUCCCUCUUCCUUAACAUCCUGGAGAUCACGCAUCUGGGUUACAAGAAGUUAAAAAAGGGCAUCUUGGACUUCUACCCUCACUUUACAGACGAGAAGUUUGAACUUGAUGACUUCUACGCCAACAGGUGUAAAAAAGAAUCUGUUUUGCAGAUGUGCAGCAGUGCUCCACGGAGAGCAACCGUUGCCUCUGCACCCUGUGACUACAACCUCCUGAUUGAGAGGAUGCAGGGCACUACUUUGUACCCAAACCUUAUCAAACCUUCGACUUUUCUACCUCCUCAGGGUGAGCAGAAGGAUUUGGGUGAGUCCAGAUGUUUAGCUCAUAGCAUCCCAAAUAGUAACGGCAUUAAAGACCCUUGCUCUCUGUGCUGUGACCCCCUCAUUAAUCCAAAGCAGGAGGCUGAGGACUUGUUGCAUCUUCAGAGUAAAGAGGAUGGGGGCAGCGAAAGAGGCAGCCUGGACUCUCCAAAGAGCCCCAAGAGGGAAGCAGACCCUUCCUCCUUCCCCACGCUGCCAGUGAGUGCAGCGAGGAGGCCGUGGAGGGGUCAAGGGUCCUUGAAAUGCUCCACAGUGUUGGAGGGUAGAAGCUCUGACUCUGAUUCAUAUGGGGGGGAAAGAGCCAGCAAAGGACCUCCCUCCACUCAGAAAUCAGACGGCAAACAUCAGAGCCGGCCCUCCAGCCCUGAUUCUCUGUAUGACUCCAGCUCAGGGUCCAGGCACAACCCCAGACCCCCCUCCUCCAACUGCAAAACAUCCGUGGCAAGCAAUGCAAGCAGCAGACGGGCAGAUCUGCAGAUCUAA